AAUUAUUAUUGUCGACUUGGUGUGUUGUUGAAUUUUUUUUUAACGCUAACGCAAUAAACAACAAAUUUACUGUUUAAAUUUGAUUCAUUUCGAGAAUCAAUCUGGUGUAUUUAAGAAUAUUUAGCUUUGAAAUUAUCUGGAUUGGGAAAUAGAAUUUAAUCGAACGAAACUAUGAUUGAUGACAUGAAAGAUGAGAAUCAAUUCGUCGUAGACGAUGUGAGUAAAAUAAUCAAAGAAGCCAUCGAAAACACAAUUGGUGGAAAUGCAUAUCAACAUGAUAAAGUAAACCAUUGGACCAAAACCGUUGUAGACAAUUGCCUAGGUGUCUUGACAAAACUCCAAAAACCAUACAAAUACAUUGUGACAUGCAUGAUUAUGCAGAAGAAUGGUGCCGGCUUGCAUACAGCUAGCUCAUGUUAUUGGAACAACGAAACGGAUGGAUCUUGUACGGUUCGUUGGGAAAACAAGACGAUGUACUGCAUAGUGUCCGUCUUUGGCCUGGCUAUUUAAGACUAUUUUUCUUCUUCAGCCGAAUUAACCUUCAAGUAAACGGCUUUAAUUGUUUAUUUAAUUUCCAGUUGGGCAAAUCAAAUUUAAGUUAGACUAAAAUCGGAAUAACAUGUAAUUUUUAUGAAAGAAAUAAAUUGAUUGCAAAAGACGAA